AUGACGGUAAGUCCAGGUACCCCCAACACUGCUCUUCCUGCUGGACAAUGUGGUGACUACAGCAGUCCAACUGAGUUCUUUGUUAGCUGCUGGUGGCAUCCAUCAUGUCCAAAGAAAUUUCCGUUGAUGAACUCACAUCCUGGUUGUGCUCCAUGUCUGCGAGUAAAAGCGGAGUUUUUGCACAAAGCAUUCCAAGCCUUACUACUGUUUGUGUCCCAAUCGUCGACGAGCCCGUCAUUUCGUCUGGAGACAGCGGAAGAAGAUCAUCACGGACCAGACCAUAGUAGCGACAGUCAUGAGACAACGGAUCAUCAUCAUCAAGACCCUGACGUAGAACACAUCAUUCAACACAAAUUGGAGCAUGAUGUUGAUAAACAUUCGGUGGGUUACCACGGAAAUCCUACGGAGACCAAGCUUCAGGAAAUCUAUCGUGGAGGUCUUUCUACUCGAGAAAUGAUUCUCGGAUACAUGGUGCACAUGGGACCCUACUGGGACAUGUAUCGGGCAGUACUAAAGAGUUUGGCAAGUGAAAGUGGAACUUUGCUAUUGGUUCCUGCGACGGAAUUGUUGUGUCAAGCUUUGGGCGAAGAAGAUGCACCGUCGGGUUGUGACGUUACAAACGCUAUCGAAGUACUACAGCGACACCUAUCACAUAUGUACGAAACACAACUGCUUGCCUCGAUGGUAACCCCAAAAGAUGUCCUGGGUGCUGUUGAAGAUUUUGUGCAGGCGCUCAUCAGGAAAAAUGCUACUGAGAAGGACACGGAUAUCCAAGACAAAAUAUCACAGGCCAUUGCUUCCGGGAAACUGUGGCAAGAUUCUGACUUUGAAAAGAACGUCACCAAGUUCGUCAAAGAUGCCAUGGACAACAGCUUUAGAGACACCCAGAAGACAGAAGUCUCUCUUUUGCACGGAAUGCUCCGCUGGUUCCUGACAGACCGAGACUUGGAAAAGGCGCUAUUUCAAACUAUUUGCAGAUCCGAUCAAAUUAUCCAAUGUCUGGCUGCGUAUUUCCACCGCACUUAUGGAAAAGCAUCUGCCGCGGAAAUUGCACUAAGCAUUCAUGGCAUUUUGGAGAACAUUUUGGGCAGCUGGGAUGAUCGCGUAACGGUCUUCGGGCACAUCAAGGAGGCUUUCAAUACACUCACGGGAAAACACUUGCCGCUCUCUUUCUUCAUGUACGAUGGAUUAAUCCAAGGCAUCAAGUCAGGAGAAAUUGAGCUUCCAGCUGUUCUGGGUUACAUGGAAAUGGCAAAAAUGAAUCCGAAGAUGAUCGAAGCCUUGGCGGAUUACGACAAUCAAGCCUUCCGGAGAGUCAAAAACGUUUAUGUGCCUUUAUACAAGUACAUUAACGCCGCCUUUGUGCAUGAUAUAUGAUAGAUGCGAUAUUUGACGGCGAUCACUUUGAAUACUUCCGAGUUGAAUUGACAGUAUAUACGAGGGUGAAAAGACAAUAAACUUAUGCAUCACAGAUCA